AUGAACUGUGUUAGCAACGUUGCCAAGGUUGUCAGCCAAGAGGCUUCUGGAUUCCAGAAGAUUGAAAAACGUCAAACUUCCAGCAAGUCAGUUGCACUCAAAUUGACAGCUGAAUGCAACAAAGCAAUUCAGAAGGCUAUUGAGAUGGGCUGGCCAGUUAGAAUUGUGUCGACUGAAACAGUAAGUUGUCUUAUCCGUUCAACACUGACUAUAAUUAAAAAAUGACUAUAACUAAAAGAAAAUUUUAUGAAGUAAUUUAAUUAUGUAAAGCAGUUAAAUAAACAACAAUAAUAUCUUUCUUCAGGGCGUCACGAUUGAGGUUGGUAACAGUAGCACUUCAGUGUGCACUUUUACUUGUAAGCAACAAAGGCUGAAUGGUAAUGUUGAGGCUGUUAGCCAAACAGGUACAACACGAUUCGAGAAGGUUUCUUCACUGAAGAAUAAACUUGUGGUCAACGAUACCGAUAAAUCCUUUGCUGACGCACGGCACCAAAUUGCUAAAUUGGCAGAUGUGCAAUCUCACGCAUAA